AUGCCCAAACACGUCGUCUUCGACGUCGUCGGCACCUGCGUCUCCUUCGACGCCUACUUCGCGCGCAUUGAGAAUGUCAUCGGCACCAAAUUACACCAACACGCCAUAACCGCUCGUCACUUUGGGUAUACAUGGAUGGAAGCCGCCGAGCUCGAAUUCACAUUCCUCUCCAUCUCCGAGCGCUACAAACCGUACAAGGAGGUGAUGAAAGCUGUGUUUUAUCGCACUCUCUGGAUGGCCGGCAUUGAUGACCCACGCAGUUUCGCAACAGAUAGCGAGCGGGAUCAAUGUAUCGCGGGAUAUUCCGAAUUGAAGCUUCGGGAUGGUGCAAAGGAAUGUCUUGAGAAAUUACGGGCGGCUGGAUUUACAGUGUGGUGUUUCACAACGGGGGAUAUAGCCCGCGUAAGAGGGUAUUUUGAGAAAGCAGGGCUGGAUAUGCCACUGGCGAAUUUUGUCAGUUGUGACGACCAAAAAAUUGCAAAGCCCGCGUUGGCGGCGUAUAGAUCUGUCUUGAACAAGUUUUCGGCGGAUGAUGAGAAGUGGUUCGCGGCGGCACAUAUGUGGGAUGUGUCGGCGGCGAAAAGUGUUGGUUUCAAGGGAGCUUAUUGUACGGUUUAUGAAAAGGAGCCAUGCUUGGAGAUUUUUGAUACAGAGAUAGAUGUUAUGGCUGAUGGUCUGGUGACGAUGGCGGAAGGAAUCUGUCAGGCAUCUAUAGCAUAA